AUGGACUCGACAGUUGACCCCAAUGCUCGGUUCAUCACCCCGACCGGCCUACCCCUCGCCAUAGUUUGCGUCUCCCUCGUGCUCGUCUUCUUCUCCAUUCUGACGACCGGCCUGCGAACCUGCUCUCGACUCCGCGAUGCUGUGCUCGGUCUGGACGACGGACUCGCUAUAGCCGGAACAGUAUUGUACACGGCCGAUGUCGGACUGGCUUGCUACGCCUGCUGGGCAGGCCUGGGAUAUCGCGAUGCGCAGCUCAAUGCCUGGCAGUCAGAGCGCGCCAUGGAGUUCUACAUCAUCUGGAUUCUCGUGUACGUUGGCGCGCUUGCCCUGGUCAAGUCCUCCGCUUGCGUCAGCAUCUACCGCAUCUCCGUUGCCACCACAGGCUUCCGCAUUGCCGUCUGGUGCCUCCUUUUCGUCUUGUGGGCCUCGUUCUUCGUCACGUUCGUCGGCACACUGCUCUACUGUCGACCCGUGCAGGCUAUCUGGAAUAUUGAUCUCAUUCUUAACGGCGAAGGCCACUGCGCACCGGCGUCCACGUUCAUCGCCCUCGGCCAAGUUGCCACGGGAACCACCAUUGCGACCGACUUGGGUUUAGUCGUGGUGCCAGCAAUUCUGCUACGCCGCACACAGAUGAAGACGCAGGCGAAGGUGCAGGCGUUCUUUCUCCUGUCUUUUGCGUCUAUCGCGUCUAUCAUUACCAUAGUUCGGAUUCCAUACGUUAACCGCUUUAGCUCGCCUACCGAUCUCAAGUUCUGGGUUGCUCACAUCAUGCUCUGUUCCGACAUCGAGACCGGCGUCGGCUGCAUCGCCACUUCCAUCCCUUCCCUCCGCCGUCUCUUCCGUCGCAACAUCAGUGCCGCCAGCACGCAGAAAUCCAAUACCGCCCGCAACUCUUUGUGGACAUUUGGCAGCCGAUCCGCGAAUAAAGCGCCUGGUGAUCGGUUCCAUAAUCCAACUGAUCAAGGAUUCAGCCUCGCCACAGUGCAUGCCCGACCAGCCGAUGAUAGCUGGCAGAGGCUGCAAGACGGAGACUCGGACUCGGGCAACCUCCUCCCCGGUGAUAAUUCUAAGAGUAUCAGGGCCGAUUAUGCGUAUGCAGUAGAGAUUGAGCGGGAGACGACGAGCACGGGAGAUAGCUCAUAA